AUGGCAGCAGCCGGCGCCAUAGCCGGGGCGCGUAUGCGAGCCGAGAUCGAGAAGAAACUCUACCCACCCGUGGCAUGUCUCGUUUUCUCCGAAACCUCCUCCGUGUCACACAUCCUCGCUCUCCUCCGCGCCAUCGCCACCAACCCCAAACUUCCCAAGGACGUUAUGAUCCUGGGUCUGGACGACGACGGCGCAAAGGUGCUGAGGGAGAACAUCACCGAGGCUUGUUGGGGCCUGGGCUUGCAAGCCCGUUUUGUCGCGGCCACUCCGGCUGAUAAAUCCGCCGUCUCGUCCUUUGAGGCCCUCCCCCCUUUCAACCACAAGAAGAGUAGCGGGGUUCGACAUUAUAUUUUCGGGUUUGGCUUGCGACCGCAGCCGGAGCCCGUGCCGGCCCCGAUCAACGAUUUGGUAAACGACAUCGGGCUGGCGAAUCCCCCUGGACAAACGAAGCCGUGGACGUCUGCCCGGUUUUCCGCGGUUGAGAGGACGUUCAACGGCACGGCGCUGGAGAGCGCUGUGACCUACCCUCGGUUCCUAGCAACGCAGUCUGGUGGAUUUCAACUCUUCUACAGAUCGGGCAUCUCCGGUAACGGCCAAGGCCGCAUCGCCGAGUACGCCAAAAGCACAUUGAAGACUCUAGGCGCCUUCAGAUCGGCCCUAGGCACCUACGUAGCGCCCAACAAAAACACCUCCAUCACCCGCAAACUGGAUCUGACUUCUUUCGUCUCAACGGGCCAUAAGAGUGCAUCCAUUCGAGACGUGUAA